GUCAUGCUGAGCACACCUCACAGAGGCACCAGGUUUCCAUAAGAAGUAUCCACACUGUGCUCAUCAGGGAUUUUUGCUUUAGCUAGAUGGAUUCUAAGCAUUUAUCUCCUUUCCAGAUUAUAUGCUGGAGUACCAAAUGCAAUAGACAGAGGCUUCUCCAGUUUUCCCUGGUUUCAGACAGCAUUCACUUUCAGGAAGGCAUUUUUCCACAUGCCUAGUGCUAAGAAAUAGGAUAUGGGGAUACAGAAAGAUGUUUUUUAGAGCAUUAACUCAGGGAACUGACAACAGAUGCUGUCAGAUAAGCUAUUCAUCAAAGUACUAUUGUGGGAAUUGUACUGAGCAUGCAUGACAGUUCAUGAAGGAAACAAAUACCUUUUCCAGGCCACUCAGGAUCUUCUCCAGCUCAGUUUUGGUUAGGAUGCUAGCCUUCUCCAAGGCCUUAGCAUAAGCCAUGCUUGCCUGGAUAUCAACUUCAGUUAGUCUCUGCUCAGUGGAUAUAGAAGAGCUGAGAAUCUCCAUGAUGGGAUCUGUGCUUCCAACAAAUCUUCCUCCCAAAAGUUUAUCCCCCUGAGAGUAAUGAAAUUAAAGGACAUAUUUGAAUGCAUUAUUGAUACAUUCUCCUAAAAAUAUCUCAGUGCCGUGGUAAAAGUAAAACAUAAUUCAAGUAAAACUGUGGGCGUGCCCCAGCAUCUUCUUUUGCAGUGCUGUAGCACUGAUCAAAAAGGCCUCUGGACUUAAAGAGCUUUGAAGAAAAACAAAAAGAAGAGUUGGAGUAAAUGUUAUUUUUGCAGGUAUUGAGCCUUGAGCUGUCCAGUCCGAGUCUGAGAUAUUUUACCCCUGUUGGAGAGAUUUUGUCUUGAAACAAGUAUUAGUGCAUAUGGCACAAGGACUGUAUUGAUCUAUCCUUCAAGGUCAUCAACUCCCUCAUAGCCUCUUGAAACACAGAUGUCGGAGGCGGGGAGACUGCAAGAAAAUAUUCAGUUGACCAAGCGCUAUGGGCUAAAAGUAGCCACACUCGUAAAGCACUCCUAUAAUUACGGAGUGUUUGAAGCUAACACCAAAAUGGCUAAAGCGCAGACCAUUCAGUAUUAUGAAUGUUGAGUAAGAAUAAAAGAGGAAGAGCAGCAAACUCCCAAAUCCUCAAACACCGAGGAGCUGCGGCAGCGCCGGGCUGCAGGGCCGUCGGUACCAUGGACAGCGGGCGGCUCCGGGAGCCCCUUCCCAGGCAGCCGGUAGAGAGGAGGGAAACUGUAGGCACGAAGUGCUCAAGUCUAUUAACUUUUCUCUUUAUAGCAGUUUGUCAGCAGGAACUGCGGUGGAGGAAUCGAGCUGUGAAAGCAAGGUUUUGCAGCCCCUCGCUGGGAGCGCAACCUGCUGCUGUGAAUGGACGGGGUGCUGAAGGCCAGUGUUGGGAGCUAAGCGCUUGGAUGGGGAAGAGUCUACCUGGGAGAUGGUGUACAGGCAGUUUCAUGGGCAAGAUUAGAAACAUGGCAAAGAAGUUGAAGGGCAUUUGCCAACUUGCAAGAAAAGAUGCGAAUGCUGCACUGCUGAGUAACUUUGAGGUGUUCCAGCUACUCACUGAUCUUAAACAGCAGCGCAAAGAGAGUGGAAAAAGCAAGCAGAGCUCUGGUCAGCAGAAUCUGAACACGAUCAUGUAUGAGACACUGAAAUACAUCUCAAAGACACCGUGCAGAUACCAGAGUCCUGAGACUGUCAAAGAGUUCCUCGCUGCAAUGAAGGGCCAUAAGCUGACCAAGGCUGAAAAGCUGCAGUUGCUGAACCACAGGCCUGUGACAGCAGUUGAAAUACAGCUGAUGGUAGAAGAAAGCGAGGAAAGGCUGACAGAGGAGCAGAUCGAGUCGCUUCUCCAGACAGUCGCCAGCAUUCUUCCAGGGGAUCCAGAAGAACAGCAGAGGGACUCAGCGAUGGAAACUGAAGGCAGAGGUGGCCAAUAGCAGGAGGCAUCUAGACCAAAGCCAGCAGCAAUUUCAGCAAAGGAGAAUUGGUUAAUCUUUUCCUGUUUUUACUUGAUACCAGUUUCAGCUUGUAUUGGGCAUCGUUGUAGAAUCUAUUAAAUGUUUCUAUUACUCAGAGGUGAUGAGGGAACCCGUUGUUUACCAGAAGGCAUGGAAGAGGAGACUGUUGUUCCAGCAUAUUGUCUUGUACAGGGGUGAUAGGGACUGACUUCAUAAUGUAGCAGACAAAUUACAGGGCACAAAAUGGGAAGCUUUUGUAUUUUUUACAUUACCCGUGUAACAGCUGUACAUUUGAGUAGGCUAAUAUACAGCUGGCAAUGUUUUAAUUAUCACAGCAGUACUAUAAUUGUAAUUGCUUUCAGAUGAUGUUGAAUUGCCCAACUGCUUUUCAGAAUGUGAUUUACAAUCCAAAGCCAGCUUUUGGAGCUGUUAGGGAAUAGGGCUGCUGUCAGAGAUCUGUGCGUGGAGUAACAUACAGAAACUGCUUGGUGUCUGUUUGGAACACACAAAGUAGGCUGAUGGCAUCACGGAAUGAGAGGAUCUGUAGGUUGGACAGCUGUUCUCAGGGAUGUUGGACAAUCUGCAGAUGAGUGGUAGAUGCAGAUGAUCAGCUAAAUGAAUGCAUUGCCCUCAGCAUGGCUGGAUUGGACCAGUUUUGCAGCAGCUGAGGCUCUGGACUGUAAUGCUAAGGCUCUUAGUAAUACAAACAAAAGGACAGUUAAGAGUGGGGUCUGCAUUUUCCUUUUGAGUGUUUGUUCCAGUAUUUAUGUAUAAGCAAGUCCCAUCCUGUGCACGUGCUUUGACCGUGGAAUAAAUGAAUGAGUCAACACUGAA